AUGCCUGGUAGAAUUAAAAGCUUGUUAAGCGAACAGGUUAUAGAGCAUUUAAGAAAAACCGGUUUAAAUCACCCACAGGCUUCCAUAGCACCUUUUAUACAAAUAGGUGCUUACAAAAACAACUGUAUAGAGCUCCAAAUACCUUUAAAUAAACUUCAGCAUCAAAAUUUUGAUAAUUUUGCCAAAACCGAUUUGUUUUAUGAUGUGCAUAUAAACACACAAGUGAAAUAUCCUUAUGUGUGCUUCAAAACAAGCACUAAAUACUUUAUAAAACACACAUUAAACCUGCAGUCUCAAUUAUACCUCCGCAGGCCUAAAACAGGGCACGAUGUAAUACGGUUGAACUAUUUAGGUGACUGGGGCACUCAGUUCGGUUUCCUUAAACUCGGUGUGGACUUAUUGAAUAUAAACGAUGAUGAAAUGCUUAGCACAGAAGAUUCUACUAUCAGUGAUAGGGCUCGUGAGGUUUUUGCACGUUUGGAACAAGGUGGUGCUGAGGAUAUGGAAAAAUGGCAUUUGUAUCGGACGUAUACUGUUGAUGAGUUGAUUCAAGUGUAUAAAAGACUCAAUGUGGAGUUCCAGGAGUACCAUUGGGAGUCCAUGUACGAUCGUAAAAGCUUACACGAUGUUAUUAAGUUAUUAGAAACCAAAAACAUCCUCAAAACAUCCCCUGAUGGUAAAAAAUAUGUAGAACUAUUUAACCGUAAUGUAACUGUUAUCAAGAGCGAUGGGUCAUCCCUAUAUUUAUCCCGGGACAUUGCAGCAGCCCUAGACAGACACACAAAGUACAACUUUGAUAAUAUGUAUUACAUUGUGGAUAAUGCCCAAACGGAUCACUUCGUAGCCCUGUUUGAGACUUUGAAACAAAUCGAUACAAGUUUGUAUGAAAAGUGUAAACAUGUAAAGUUUGGUCGUAUCAGAGGAAUGAGUACGAGAAAGGGGGAUGUUGUUUUUUGA